UGUGAACUAUAUUUUCAAUGACACAAAAUAUCGUUUUUACAGCUAUUUGAAGCUGGUGGACCAAAACCACUGUUUGAAGCUGGUGGAUAUUUUUUGUUAUGGAAAAUAUAUUUCCCAGCGAUUUAGAUGUUACAAUGAUUCUCUACACUAUUCAGUGCUUGUUUUCUCACAUAAACUGAAAUGAUCAGUUUAGUAACACUUUCAUUCCACUAUUAGCACCAGAAAUAUUUUAGUAAUUUCCUGAAAUUACGAUGCACCUUUUAAAGCCACAGUAGAAACCAUUCGCUUCACUAAUUUAACAAGUCAGGAUGUGAAAAUAACUUUAUCAGACAGUAAUUUUGGGGGGGAAAUAUUAUUCCCCCAUUUCUUUGGUCACACUGUUUGACCUGCAUGUCAUUCGCUCUUCGAAAGGUGCUUAUUGAUAAUUAUUAGCAUGUCAUAACUAGGGCUGUGGCGGUCACGAAACUUGGCUGUGGCGGUCACGAAACUGAUUGUCAAGCAAAUAACUGUUGGUCUCACUGUAAUUGACCGUUAAGUAACAAACACAUUUAGCAUCUCCUGGCUUCCACACAUAGCAUACAAGUCACUGAUACCUUUGGAAUGUCUACAUUUUAAAAAGUCUAAUAAAUCCAUGUAGUAUAGCCUACACCUUCACAAUAAAUCCAUUUUUUUUAGACAGGUCUAAAGAAACAUGAUAUGAAGAAAAUGUUUUUAUUUCAGAAAAAUAGAAUAGCAUUGUCAUUAUGUUAGGACCUGAUCUGGCUAUGCCAUAUUGCUGUGGGCUACACUAGUUCAUUUAGCAGACAAGAUUUGCUUCGAAUUCCAUGGCAUUAUUUAUAUAUUAUUUCAUAGUAUGAAUACAAUUAAACAGAGCUGAAUAAAAUAGAAAGGAUAUUAUCUCCAAACGAUUUGAGGGAGUGUGGUUAAAUAACUAGGUACUCCUAUAUGCUUAAUUUAGAGUUAUUAAUGUAUCUUUAGUUGUUCUACAAACAUUGGGCUAUAUGUUUAGAUUUUUAAUACAUUGUAAGGCUGCAUGAUGCGACUCUAAUGAUGAUUUGAAAAAAGUGUCUUGAAAGGCAUGAGCUCUGCUUUGUUUUCUGUGCAGACUGUACACACUUCAUCACUCUCAUUCACAAUUUGACAAGCACUUGAUAAUGCCUCGAAUUUCACAGUGGCAUCCCCUUUGUGUGGCUGUAAUGCACCCUAAAAAAAUCCAUGCCUUUUGUGGCCAGUGGCCAUGGUACCCUUGGCCCGGAGUGUUGCGUUGUGCCCUUCUCACUGAGUGCUGCGGGCUCUGAAGCACCUCUCACUCACAUGGCUCUCCAUCACGUGAUCGGGUCUUUCUCACGGGUUACAAGUGAAGACCGACACACCGGGGACGCAACUCCGUCCUUAUCCAAUUCCGAGGUGCAUAUUUAAAAUAUUGGAAGAACUGUCCACAAUUACUUUUCGUCAGCCAAUAAGAUGAGUAAUUCUAACGAACAGCAAAAGCACUAGCCUAUGUCAAUCUACUAUCCUCCAUAGUACAAAAGUUUACCUAUUAUAUUCUGUGCGAGAAACAAAUAUUCCAAACAUAGUCUGGGACAGUUGUGGGAUGCUAUAGAUCUCAAAUGAAUACAACCACUAGCAUCAAAACCACUUUUUUACGCUAUGUGGCUGACGCAACAGAUCAUAACGUUUAGCUUAAAAUGUUGAUAAACUAUUAGGCUAUUUCUUCACAUUAUAAGCGCAGCAGUGCACACACAGCAGUAGGCUAUAACGGCCAAUGUUCCAUUAGCGGGAUAACAUCAUUAUCAAAAGUGACCGGAAAUGCGAUUAUGCAUGCGAUGCUUUUAUUAUAAAGGUGCAUUUUAAUGGGAAAUUAUCUUCCCCAAACUGGAAACUCACGCACUGCUAGGCUCUACACCUCUUGUAAAGUGGAUCAAUGUGCUUAAUUUUAAGAAGUUAUUUGGACACUUUCCUGUUUUGGAGGACGCAUGGUUCUCGACCUUCGCCUCUCCCGAGUCUGUACGGGAAUUGCAGCGAUGGGACAAGACUGUAACUACCAAUUGGAUAUCAUAAAAUUGGAGAGAAAAAGUACAAAAAAACUAAAUUUAAAGAAAACAUAUAGGCCUAUGGGCUAGGCUACAUGAGGUGUGAUACUAUUAUUUGAAGAAGUUGCAAAAAAAGGCUUUGUUUCUUGCCUUAAGCUGGGCAUCAUUCACAAGUGAUAGGCUAAUAUUGUCACCCAUCAGACUAAUCUUGAUUUAAUAUUGUCUUUACAUAUACUAAAUAAUGUGUGAAAUUUGUUUUGAUUUAGAAUGGACCAUUAUCAUGCACCUGUCUCGAUACAGGGGCAACGGAAAAAAUACAUAGCGAAUGGAGGACACUUUCCCGGGGUUCAUUUUCAUGCCAGCCAGCUGUGAAGAGGCUGAUGAAGGAGGCAGCUGAACUGAGGCACCCCACAGAGCACUACCACGCUCAGCCACUGGAGGAUAAUCUGUUUGAGUGGCACUUCUCUGUCCGCGGGCCCCCGGACUCAGAUUUUGACGGUGGGGUUUACCACGGCAGGAUCGUGCUGCCCCCAGAGUAUCCCAUGAAGCCCCCCAGCAUCAUCCUACUCACACCCAAUGGAAGAUUCGAGGUGGGAAAGAAGAUCUGUCUGAGCAUCUCUGGCCAUCACCCGGAGACAUGGCAGCCAUCUUGGAGCAUCAGAACGGCACUAAUAGCUAUAAUCGGAUUCAUGCCAACCAAAGGGGAGGGUGCAAUCGGAUCCCUUGAUUAUAAUCCAGAGGAGAGGAGAGGCCUGGCCAAAAAAUCCCAGGACUUCUGCUGUGAGACGUGUGGCUGCUCCUUGCGCUCUGCCCUUCUAGGUCCCUCCCCCACUAACCCCAGUCCAGAUGACCAAGAGGACCAAGAGCUCGCCCAGCAGAUCAACUUCAAGGCAGAAGCCAGGCAGGCCAGUGAGAGCACAGGGGCAGAGAGCGAGCCCCCCACAGACCCCCGGGGAGAGACGUCCACCUCGGGGGGACAAGAGGAGGAAGAGACCCACGCUGAGCAGCAGGCUGAGGCGGCUCCAGCUGCCAGUGAGGACGAGCCAUGUCCCACAGCCCCAAGCAGCCGUUCUCUCAGCCCCCGACAGCGCCGGGCCCAGCAGCACCAGAGAGAGCCCCCCAGCAGGCCCACCUUCCCUGCCUUCCCCCACACCGCCACCCCCCACCCCCCCCAGGACGCCAGCCACACAGGCUCUGUGGUGCUCAUCAUGGUGCUCGCCCUGCUCCUGGCUGCCCUCAUCUUCCGCAGGAUCUACCUGACCAACGAGUACAAGUUUGACUACGAGCUGUGAUGAAACUGACCUGAACUUCCCCAGACCACCACACCAUGACACCCUAGCUGGCAACAAACUGACUAUCUCUUUACAUUGCCAGCCUAGAGCCCUGGAAAACCUUCUGUUCAUAGAGGGUUAGGCAUAGCCUUGGUGACUGUUUCUCCCACUAAGUAAAGAGGGCUUGCUUUACAAUGAGGGUAGCCUGCAUUCCUGUGUAGGAUGUGGUCCACCUCUAAGGUGUCUUUUAUUACUUUGAAUUGACUCUAAACUGUACCACAUUUUAAAGAUAGGUCCAAACCUUUAUAGAACACACACUUUGGGCUGUAUUCACAAAAUGUAGGAGUGCUGAUCUAGGAUCAGGUCCCCCAUGUCCAUAUAAUACAAUUCAUUAUGAUCUAAAAUAAAAAUAGAUCCGUACUCCUGAGGUGCUUUAUGAAUACGGCCUGUAUCUCUACUUUUAAUUUUGUCAGGCAACUGUUUAUCAUGGACUGCUGCUUGCUCUCAUUUAAACAAGUUAAUGCUGUAUCAUAUGACUUGUAAACAAUGAAGACUAUUACAUUGAUUUGUUUGUCUCAAAUAAUUAAUUGUGCACAGGGAAUCAAUAUGCAUAAUAAAUUGUAUACAGAUAAGAUGCUAAUUAUUUCUGCUCAAAUGUUACGCCAUUGACAUUUCCAUUGGUUAGCCAAUUCUCCGGUGGUGUCUACUUUAGCGGCAGCAGAUACAGUGCAGCCAACUAUACACAUACGUCUGUCAAUCUUAGCCUGAGUGUCAGUUUGUUUCUGCUCUCUUGACAAUUUCAUGCUGUUCAUACCUGGCGUUAUCACUGAUUGGGUCCAAAGAUAGUGAGACAGGGAUGAGGCAAUAAACCAUUGUCAACACAAGCGCUUCAGAAAGGGAGAUUAUACAAGAAAGAGGCUGUAUGACUUUAGGCCUACCUUUUUGAAGUCCUCACAAGAAAUGGAUUGGGGACUAAUGCAAAGCAAUUUAAAUAUUGUGGUUACAUUGUACUUCAAGUAAAAUAAAAUGUCCAGAGUAAGUCCUCUCUCUAAGUUGUGUUCUCAUGAUAUUUGAGCCAUGUAUAACAGCUUUGUUCAUGUGAAUACUGAAUCCAUUGCAGACAACUUAAUGUCUUAAGAUUGCAUUCACACAUCUAUCCAUCGUUUGACUGUGUUUGAAUGCUACAUAUGAACAUUGUAUCAGAAAAUAAAUGCCUUGAAUAAAAAAAUGAAUGUUCAUGUGUCACAGUUAA